AUGAUCUUCAAUCAAUAUUUGAAGCCUGAACAAGGCGAUGCGGGCAGGGGCAUUGUCCGGCUCUGGCACUGGUGGUCCAGCUGCGAGAACAGCCACUGCCAUGCUGGGCAGCACUGGGCGUCACAGGAUGGCAGUGUGCACCAUGUGGCCGAGACCACGGCUGGAGGCAAAGCUGGGAAAGACAGCGGGAAAGCCAACGCAAAGGCAGUGUCCCGUUCACAGAGAGCUGGGCUACAGUUGCUUGUGGGCCGGAUCCACAGACACUUGAAGACUCGCACCACAAGCCAUGGACGGGUGGGAGCCACUGCUGUUGUGUACUGUGCCGCGAUUCUCACAGCUGAGGUGCUGGAGUUGGCAGGUAAUGCUUCCAAGGAUCUCAAAGUAAAGCGCAUCACUCCACGUCACCUACAGCCUGCAAUCCGAGGUGAUGAAGAGCUGGAUUUACUCAUCAAGGCUACCAUAGCCGGGGGCAGUGUGAUCCCGCACAUCCACAAAUCUCUGAUUGGAAAGAAGGGGCAGCAGAAAACUGCUUAG